ACUCUCGACUCUUGUCCUUUGCAGUCUGCACCUCUAGCCAACAUGGCGGCAUCGCUGGGAAGGGUCUGCGGUUCGGGUCUUUUAAAAGCCAAUAAUGGUUCACUGUUUAAUCAAGUUAACAGCUUCUCCACUGUCAGAGAUUGGUCCAAGACUCGCAAAACGUUACUAGCAUGCCUAGGUGUGGCAACGGGUGGCGUUGGUGCGUUGGUCUAUGCCUUGGAAAGUACUGUAAAAGCUGACGAUCCUGUGCUGCAUGCGCCAACUUAUGGUUGGGACUUUUACGGGAUCUUUAAUACCCUUGACCACGCCAGUGUGAGACGAGGCUGGGAAGUUUACAAGAAUGUCUGCUCGACAUGCCACAGUCUGCAAUACGUGGCGUAUCGUGAACUCGUUGGAGUUACUCACACGGAAGAAGAAGCUAAACAAAUUGCUGCCGAAGUUGAGGUUAGAGACGGUCCGGAUGAUAACGGAGAAUACUUCAUGAGGCCAGGAAAGUUGUCCGACCGCAUCCCAUCGCCGUAUCCUAAUGAACAGGCCGCUCGAGCAGCCAAUAAUGGCGCUUAUCCACCUGACCUGACAUACGUCUUGAAUGCCAGACACAACGGAGAGAACUACAUCUUCUCACUGUUGACUAGCUAUUGCGACCCACCUGCGGGAGUUGUCAUUAAUGACGGCCAAUAUUUCAACCCAUAUUUUCCUGGUGGAGCUAUUGGUAUGGCGCAGGUGGUUGAGGACGAAAUAUUGGACUUUUCGGAUGGGACUCCGGCAACUGCUUCUCAGAUAGCAAAAGAUGUGACAACGUUCCUUAUGUGGACUUCGAAUCCCGAGCAUGAUACGAGAAAGUUAUGGACGAUCAAGGUGUUGGGCAUCGGCUCCCUUCUGUUGGCAAUAACGUAUUACAUCAAGAGACACAAGUGGACAACCAUAAAGACUCGUAAGAUCGUUUAUGCACCGAAGAAGUAGUCAAAUUACGCAGGAAUACGUCAGUUAAAUAAUUAGCUAACCAUAAUUAUCCAAGCCGAGAGAGAUUAUCCGGUAAGGAGAUGUAGUUUUUUAUUUAAAAGGAAAGAACAGAGACAAUUUUUGAUGUUGUGUCAAUACCUUUGUUGGAUGAAUUAAUCAAUAUCAAACUAUGUGGAAUGUCCAAGUCAUUAUCUUUAACACCAAACAAUAUUUGUACAAUGUACAUAGCGACAAAUGGUGGCAGUGAUUCAGUUGCAUUGUCAAAAUAAAAUGAAAGAGAAAAAAAACCACAUAUAAAUACCAACUUCUUCUCAACCACAUCUAUAUCUAUCAAUUGCCUCUGCCCCUAAUCUGCACACUGUAAUUACCAUUCACGCAUUAUUUAAUUAUAGAUUUUUUGUGUGUACACCAAGUGUACGUACGUUCCGAAGCAUGUAAAUUGUAGAUCGAGCAUAACUGUAUCCUCGUGAUCUCUCAAUGUAACCAAUGAACAAUAAUAAUUAUUCGUUGAUUGUUAAAA